AUGUCGUACCAGCAGCUGCAGGGUGCGGCCAGUAGCUCCAGCGGUGGCAGCGGGGCAGGUGGCCGCCAGCUUUCAGCUCAGCAGCGGCACGCGCAGCAAUCAGCGUUGGCGGCAUCCUCUCUUUUGCCGCCUCCGCUCCGAUCGGACGGUAGAGCGGCCGCCGCCGCCGCCACAGGGUCUGCUUCAUUGGUGGCGUCCUCACCGCGUAUCAGCACUGCACCCGGGCACGUGGACACGUCGGCCAGCGGCGCUGGAUUCCGGCAUCCAGGCAGUGCGAGUGGUGGUGCCGCCUACGACCAGCCGGGCUCGGCGCAUUUGCCUGUGCGACACCAUCACCACCACGCACAGCCGUCGCGACAACAGAAAAUUCAGCUCCCGUCGUCGUCGUCCUUGGCUCGGAGCGCUGGCGUAAGUGGCCCUUCCACCACCGUCUCUUCCUCGCUGGGUAGCGCACAGUACGCUUCGCCACUCUCUACCGUGGGGGCCAGCAUGCCCACUGACCCCCCUACAUCUGCAGCCGUGGCAAGUGGGGCUAUACCAGUGGGCAGCAACUACGCCUACUGGCGGGGUGCAAGUGGGAUUGGUGGGCCUAGUGAUCGGCGGCGACGUAGCGGUAGUGGUCGAAGCGGUGGCGGUGGUGGCAGUCGCCGCAACGGUUCCCCAGGGCCCCGGCACCACACGUCACAAGCGCAGCACCUACAGCAGCGACCGCGUGCCGAUGCCUCCACAGCUCCCUCGUCGGAGCAUCCUGCAGCUUCUUCGGUGCCCGAGACCGCCGCUGCUCUGGUCACAAGUCCGCCGUCGACCCUGCCGGAAAAUUGCAGCGCGUCGUCGUCCCCGUCAUGGCCCCAACCACCGCUGCCGCCGCCUUCAGCAGCAUCGGCAGGCUCCGCCCCGUUGGCGAGCAGCGGCGUCCCGGUCAUCUCCAGCCAUGCCAGCCAGCCAUCCCGCAGAGGCGGAAACGGUGGCGCCUCCUCGCCACGCCGCAGCGCAGCCGCUGCUCCAGCAAUUAUAGCGGGAGGUGGUGGAGGUGGCGCCGCAGCAGGCGGCAGUGCUUCAAGUAUGCCACCGCCUCCGUCGGCAUCCGGCGUGGCGACCUCAGCGACAGCAGGAGCGGCAUCCCCUUCGCAGAAAGUGCAAGGCACAACGAGCGGCGGUUUUUCACUUGCCUCUGCCACAAGUGUGCGACUCAUGCGCCCCAACGGCGAGGAGAGGCCAACAGUGGCCCUCUCGCAGAACAUCAUGUCCGUCUACGAAGCCAUCAACACCCUCUUCUACCAAGAGCGCCAGCUGCUGCUGACGGCGCCGGCCAAGUACGCGGCGCGCAAGUACGAGGACGCCGCGGGGCACUACUUGCCGUACCCAGGCGAAGAGAUCGCGGAGCGGUACGUGGUGAGGGAGGUGAUCGGCAAGGGCAGCUUCGGCACUGUGCUGCACUGCGUCGACCAAAAGUACCACGAGGCUGUCGCCGUCAAGGUGAUCCGCAGCGGUCCCUACUUUGAGAGUCAGGGCUGGUUUGAGGCGCAGGUGGUGGCGCACCUGAACAACGACCCGGCGCUGCAGAACCUCGUCGUGCAGCUGCGCAAGGUCUUCUUGUGGAAGGGUCAUAUGGUGCUGGUCUUCGAGCCGCUCAGUUUCAGUCUCUACCGCCUCAUCACAUUGACCAAGUACAACGGCGUCAGCCUCGACCUCACCCGCAAGUUCGCCUACCAGAUGAUCAAGGUGCUGCUGGUGCUGGAGCAGCAUCAGCCACCCAUCAUUCACUGCGACCUGAAGCCGGAGAACGUGCUGCUGCGCGACCCGAGCCGCAGCGAGGUGCGCGUAAUCGACUUUGGCUCCGCGUGCUACCAGCAGCAGCCACAAUGGAACCCGCCACCGGCGCAGGUGGUGCUGCCCUCGACGUCGCCGAGCAGCUCGUCAGGGCCGCCCUGGGACUCGGUUGCUGAAGGUGCCAGUGGCGGGGUCAAGCCCACCGCAGCCGCUGAUGAUGAUGACAGUAGCGGGCCGCAGUCGCCACCCAAAGGGCCGCAGCAACGGCCCCAGGCAACUGCAGGGUCGACCACCGCAUCGACAGAUGCGGCGCUGGCAAGCGGUGUCGCAGCACCAACCGCCGAGGAGGCGGGCACUGUGAAGAAGGCUAGUGACGCGGCCCCCGCUGUCGCGGCGGCGGCUGGCACCGCCACUGGUGACGACAGGGGAGGGGAUAUCAUCAUGCCCAAGUACAUCCAGUCGCGCUACUACCGCAGCCCAGAAGUCAUCCUGGAGCUGGGCUACACGACGGCGAUUGACCGCUGGUCCCUUGGCUGCUUUCUGGUGGAGAUGCACACGGGGGUGCCCCUCUUCCCCGGCAAAAACGAGGGAGACAUGGUAGCGUACUUCACGUCCAUCCUCGGUCCGCUGCCAGACUACAUGAUUGCAGCAAGCCCCAAGCGGAAGCAGCUUUAUUAUACGUGCCCUUCAGAUCCCUCCACCAACAGCGGCGGCGGCGAGUCGGCGCACGGUGUCGCCACCGUCGGCAUUGGCCCCGCAGAGGAUGCCCCACCGGGGCUCACUCCGAUGUCGAGCGCACCAGGUCACGCCAUGGGCUCUCCUUUCUUCCUGCGGACCCCGCGAGUGGAGGGCGAGGGCGCGGCAGCCGCUGCUGUGGCCGGCAGUAGCAGCAACAGCCCGCCGCUCUCUCUGGAAGAAAUUCUUGGUGUGCACAAGGGCGGCCCGCGCGGCUGUCGUGCUGGCCAGCCGGGCCACGACGAGGCUGCCUACGAAGUCUUUUGCGACUUUAUCCACAAGCUGCUCCAGUACGAUCCGCGGAAGCGUGUGAGUUGUCAGCAGGCGAUCCAGCACCCUUUCCUAGAGCCGAUCCGGGCCCUCAAAUCUCGCUCUGUAGCGCCACCGUCGGCAGCUCCGGGCACCGGCGGCGGCAACACGGAGGCGGGAAGUGCUCCGCCUCCGCCAUUGCCAGGGCCUCCGCAGUAG